AUGCCGGCCAACGUACUCCUCAUCGGGUCGGGAGGCCGAGAACAUACACUCGCGUGGAAACUCUCGCAAUCAGCGAAGGUUUCGAAGAUUUUCAUCGCCCCCGGCAACGCCGGUACAGCCCUCGAAGACAAGUGUCGGAACGUUUCGCUGAAUAACAACGACAAUGCAGCGGUAAUCGAUUUCUGCAAGAAAGAGAGGAUAGACCUCGUCGUUGUCGGCCCCGAAGACCCCCUCGCUAACGGGAUCGCGGACGCACUCAAGUCUUCCGGCAUCAGGUGUUUCGGAUGUUCGAAGGCUGCGGCCCAGAUCGAAGCGUCGAAAGCGUUCUCGAAGGACUUUAUGGCGAAGAACAACAUCCCAACAGCCCGCUACGAGAACUUCACCGAUGUCAAGAAGGCGAAGGACUUCAUUGCCUCGGCAGAUUUCCCCGCUCUGGUCGUUAAGGCGUCAGGUCUUGCAGCGGGAAAAGGCGUCAUUGUCGCGAGCGACAAGGCCGGAGCCAUCGCCGCUGUAGAUUCUAUCCGAUCGUCGAUGGCCAAAGCCAGCGAUAUCAUCGUUGUUGAGGAACUCCUCGACGGCAACGAGGUCUCUGUUCUCGCCUUCUCCGACGGGACGAACGUUCAUUGCAUGCCCGCCGCUCAGGACCACAAGAGACUCGAAGACUCGGACAGAGGACCGAACACAGGAGGCAUGGGAGCUUAUUGCCCGUGCCCACUGCUCAGCAAAGAAGUCAUGACGCAGAUCGAAAAUCAAAUCAUCAAGCGAACUAUCGACGCUCUCAAGAGAGAUGGGACGCCCUUCGUUGGCUGUUUAUUCGCUGGACUCAUGAUAACGAAAGACAAUCAAGCAAAAGUACUCGAAUUCAACUGUCGAUUCGGAGACCCAGAGACGGAAGCUGUCCUGCCACUGAUGACCUCGGAUCUUUACGACACCCUCGUGGCUUGCGUGAACGGUGAUCUACCCAGCGCUCUUCCGACUUGGAAAGUAAACACCUACGCUUGCGGAAUCGUUCUGGUAUCCGGAGGAUAUCCAGGCUCCUACCCCAAAGGAAAGAGGAUCACGGGCUUGGACAGUGCGGCGGAACACGGGGUGAAGACAUUCCACGCCGGAACAACGCAAGGUACGGCUGGCGAUCUGCUCACCUCCGGCGGUCGUGUCAUGGUGUGCGUGGCCGAACACAGCGAUCUUCGGACUGCCAAAUACUUGGCGCAACUCGGAGCCGAGUUGAUCAAUUUUGAGGGAAAGUACUACCGGAAGGAUAUCGCUCAUCGCGGAAUCAAUGUCGCGUGUCCGAAAGACCCCUUGACCUAUUCGAUGUCGGGUGUGGACAUCGCUGCGGGAGAUCGGCUCGUUCGAAGUAUCAAGUCGUUGACCGACUCAACGAAACGUCCCGGAGUCAUGGGUUCCAUCGGGGGUUUCGGUGGAUUAUUCGAUCUCAAGGCAGCGGGAUACAAAGAUCCGAUACUGGUGUCCGGAACCGAUGGUGUUGGAACGAAGCUGAAAGUUGCGAACGCUUGCAAUAUACACGAUACAAUCGGAAUCGACCUCGUCGCCAUGUGCGUCAACGAUAUUCUCGUCCAAGGCGCUGAGCCCCUGUUCUUCUUGGACUACUUCGCGUGCGGUCAUCUCGACCCCAACGCCGCCAAACAGAUCAUCGCUGGAAUCGCGGAAGGGUGCCGACAGUCGAGAUGCGCACUCAUUGGUGGGGAAACCGCCGAGAUGCCGGGGAUGUACGAGCCGGGCGAUUACGAUCUCGCAGGCUUCUCGGUGGGAGCAGUCGACCGAGAUAAGAUACUCCCGCGCGACGGUGAUAUAACCGACGGUGACAUCGUUGUGGGCUUCGGGUCUAGUGGGAUACAUUCGAACGGCUAUUCGCUAGUUCGCAAGGUCGUGGAACGGUCUGGCGUCCGAUACAGCGAUGCGGCCCCGUUCGAUGAGACUAAGACUCUGGGACAGGUUCUCCUCACACCAACGAGAAUUUACAUCAAGUUGCUUUUGAAUGCCGUGCGUUCCGGGAAAAUAAAAGCAUUAGCGCACAUUACCGGAGGAGGUCUGACCGAGAACAUUCCAAGAGUUCUUUCGAAGAAGUUCGGUGUAUUCUUGGACGCCGCUGAAUGGUAUAUACCGCCGGUAUUCAGCUGGCUCCAAGCGGAGGGUAACAUCUCGAACGAAGAAAUGCUCCGAACCUUCAACUGUGGUUUAGGAAUGGUGGCUAUUGUUAGUCCGGAACACGUUCAAGCAAUUAUUGAUGAGAGUGAAAACGAAGGACGAGUCGUCGGAAAAGUUUUGGCCACAAAAGAGGGAUCUCCGCAAGUCAAUGUCCGGAACUUCAAUGAAUCAAUUAACCGCUCAUCACCGCAGCCAAAACCUCCGAAGAAAAAGUUUGGCGUUCUGAUAUCCGGCACGGGCACGAAUUUGCAGGCUCUCAUCGAUCACGUGAAGAACGUCGAGCGUCAGUCAGAAGCCGAAAUCGUGUUGGUUGUGUCGAACGUGGAUGGUGUAGAAGGUCUCAACCGAGCUCACAAGGCUGGAAUUCCAACGAAAGUGAUCUCGCACAAAGACUUCAAGUCUCGAUUAGAAUUCGACAUGAAAGUGCAUGAAGCUCUGACAACGGCCGGAGUCGAGUACAUUUGCUUGGCAGGCUUCAUGAGGAUACUCUCGGCGGAUUUCACUCAGAAGUGGUACGGUAAAAUUAUAAACGUUCAUCCAGCGCUCUUACCGUCGUUCAAAGGUGCAAACGCCCACAAACAGGCUAUCGAGAGCGGCGUCAAGAUCAGCGGGUGCACGGUUCAUUUCGUCGUUCCCGAGGUUGACGCCGGAGCUAUCGUGCUCCAGGCCCCAGUACCGGUCGAGCCCGACGACACAGUUUCGACAUUGUGCGAACGCGUGAAAAAAGCUGAGCAUCGUAUCUUCCCUGAGGCAAUGGAGCUCAUAGCACGAGGCAAAAUCCUGCUGCGACCUGAUGGGAAAAUCGCAUACAAGAACGACAGAUGAAUUAAUGUAUAUCGCCUAUGCGUGUUCUCCGAUCGGUGGAGCUCGACAGCGAGACCCGUCAUUUAUGGCGCGAGCCGCAGAUGCGCAAACUUCGGAAUGCAUCAUCAUGUAGAUAUGCCGUUUUUUGAAGUGACACGAUUUGAAUUCCGCAGAAUAAAUGUAGAUAUCCUCAUGAACCUG